AUGAACAUUGAUCAACAGACUCCAGAAUCAAUCCAUCCAAAUGCUCCGGCUCCCCAGUACAGUUCGGCCCUUCAGUCUAAUCUAAAUCCUCUACUCCGAAUCACUAUUGCGCCUGCUGAACAGACUUCUACUGCAACAGACGAGAUGAACAUUGAUGAACAGACGCCAGCACUAGCACCCAUUCAGCAAAAUAUUCCAAUGGUUAACCUAGCAGACUUCCCCUGUUCAACAGGCUCCGCAACCACAGGUCAAGUGGAUAUUGAGGAGCAAGGCAUUAGGACACAUAUUCUGCCACAGGUUUCAGGGACUAUUCAACCCAGCUUCGUUCCACAGUUGAAUCCUGUCUCUCAAUACCCUCCUCCACCGCAGGCACCCGUUGACCAGACGAACAUUCAUCAACAGGCCUUGGUACCAGUUCAGUCACAUGGCCCAGUGACCCCUCAGGACAGCUCGGUUUCUCGACCAAUAUCCUUUUACAGCCUGCUCCUGCCAAACAGACUACUGCUAAUCCGACUACGCCAACUACUGAAUCCGCUACGGGUUCCGCUAGUUCCCCCCCCCCCUCCAUCCAACUCCGAAGUGUCUAGAAAUCGUCACAUCAUUAAAGCCAAAGGACAGUUGAAAAAGCGCGGUGUGCUACAACAAUCCCAAGCCGAGUUUACCACAUUGGCAGACAAGAAGAGGACGGAGCAGGUCUCCCAGGUAAAUCCGACGCAUACACCACAGGCCGACCCAGAAGCUGUAAGUAUCCGGAGUCGGAGAGCCACCUUCCAGAUGGUCGCGCCAUUACAUACGGCCGAAUUGGAUCCUGAUUUGGACGAGAAAGAAAUGCGGAAUGCUCAGCAGGAAGCGCAGGAAUCAUCACAUAUCUAG